CCCGGAUAUUGCGUACCGCUGCGCCCACCCGUUUCCGCAUUCGGCACGCCCCGAUCGGAGCGGAAAUGCCGUGAUCACACGAACGGAACGCGAAAGGUCCUCACGCAUUUCAACACGGAUUAAUUUCUAUUUCUUUUUUCGCCCCUCGGGAAACCCGAUCGACCACUAAAUCUCGACGCGCGCACCCGACGGCCCCCCAACUACUGACGGUUUUUUUUUCGCACAUUUCAUUCCGAUCGAUUGUCGCUGCACAUCGACGAGUUGGAGGGAACGGAUAAUAUUGUAUUAUUCUGUAGAAACGUGGUAAACGGAAAAAUGUCCGUGAUCGACAGCGGCGGUUACGCGGACGAAGAACAACAGCUGCAGCAACAACAACAACAACAGCAGCAGCAACAGCAUCAACAGCAGCAGCAGCAAAACCGUCGACAUCUACAACAGACGCACCACACGCAACAGCGACUGCAGGCGGCGGCGGCGGCGACGAUGGACGAACGCGGUGGCGGUGGCGGCCGGCAGCGUCAUUCGGAAAAUGUCGCCGAGCAGACGGACAUGGCCGAGACCGGUACGAGGGCCGCCGACGUCGUAGUCGUCACCGCCGCCGACGUCGUGAAAGAAAACCGUAACGGGCCGUCGUCGUCGGACGUCUCCGUGUCGGCCGCCUCGUACACCACGGCCGCAGCCGAACACGUCACGUCGUCUCAAGUGCAAGUGUCUUCCAUACCCGUCGGACAGCUCAUUAACGUGUCGGCCGCGGGCACGUUCAACGUCAUCUCCGCGGAUUCGCUGCAGCUAUCUGAAUCAAACGAAUUUAAACCUCUGAUAUGUGUAGAUAACAGUUGUUUAAAUUGUGAUUCACGCACUCAGGUUGAUAAUGAUACUUGGCGUACUGUACUUCGAAGUGAGGAUGGCACUUUCAAAACAGCUCAUAUUGUUCUUCGAUCAGACAACUCGACCUCCAAUAAUGUUCAUGAGGAAGAAACUGACCAAGGUGUAUCAUCUCCAAACACAACUCCUUGCUAUUCCUAUUCCGAGGCUGCAAGGUUGCCAAUAUUACCUGUCCGAUGCAAAACUACUAAUGCAGAACUUCAUAAAAAAAAAUUUGGUUCUGGCUGUAGAGGAAAAUGCAUUAAGUUUGGAAAUCAGUGGUACACACCUAGUGAAUUUGAAGCACUCUGUGGGAGGGCUUCUAGCAAAGACUGGAAAAGGAGUAUACGAUUUGGUGGCCGUAGUUUGCAAACAUUAAUAUACGAUGGGGUUUUAUUACCACAUGCUAUGAGCUGUACAUGUGCAGCUUGUUGUGAUGAUGAAUCCGCAACUGGUCCUAUACGACUAUUUACACCGUAUAAACGAAUACGUACCAAAAAACAUUCAUCCAGUAAUUCAAAAAAGACAAAACUUGAAGAUGGCACUACUAUGAGUAACGAUGAAGAUAGUUGUGAUAGUAGUGUUGGUAUAUCGAUGGAUAAUGGGGAUAUUAAAGAUGAAGAACCUCUACUUAUACAGACUGGUGAUAUUUCUCAAGCUGACAUUGUACAAUCAAAUGAUUCUAUUGAAGAUAUGUUUAAAAAGUUGGAAAAUAUGUCAUCAAGGAUGAUAAAAAUGGUUCACCAUUUUCGCAAUUCUAUGCGUGUUGCCAAGUACAAGUGGAAUACGGAAAAACAGGAUUUAUUAGCUGAACUCAAAAGAGCCAAAGAAAAUUCUAUUGAAAAUAGGAAUGAUUUUGAUGUGGAGACAAUUUCAAGUGUGACUGCUGGCCUACAACCUAGUGCUGACGAUAUACCAGAUGUUAAAAAGUGUGCAAAUUGUAAUAGAGAUGCAUUUGCUGAGUGUUCAUUGUGUCGUCGUACACCGUAUUGUUCUACAUUUUGUCAAAGUAAAGACUGGAAUAACCAUCAAGUGGAAUGUCACAACUCUCAAGGAAGCAUUAUGCUUAUUGUACAAACUCAAGAAUGAAACAUUUCAAAUUUGGAGAACUCGAAAUACUUUUUUUUACCAAUUCCUAAUUUUUAUUAUUACUUUUUUUUAAUGGAUAUCAUUAGUUUGUUUAGUUAAGUAUAUUAGGUAUUUUUUAUCUUUGGAAUAGUUGCCUUUUUAUGUUAGUUUAAUUUGAGUCAAAUAAUGUUUUGCUAACAAAAUUAAGUUAAUAUUACAAAUUUCUUCUAACCGAAUUGGUCUGCUUUUAUAUUAAAUUAAAAAAACUGUUGUAAAUAUAUAAUCAAGUAGAAUGAUAAUUUAACUUGCAUUGUACAAUUGACUGAUUAAAUUAAAUAUUAAAUA